AUGAGAAUGGUUAAUUUUAGUCCACUUCAAAGAAGUGGAGUUUCUAAAGGUAUUCCAAGAGAUGUUCGUUAUAAAAACGAAUAUAGAAUCAUUCAACAUGGAGCACCAAUUAAAUCAUUUUCCAUUGAUGGACAGCCUUCACGAUUGACAAAAGAAUUGCCAAUUCCUACAAGAGGCUCAACUAGUUAUAUUUCAACUGAAGGAGGGACUUCAAAACAAAAAGAUAAUCUUCUUUCACCAAUAACUGUUAAUGAUGCUCUAAAAGAAGAAAGUUUAAAAAAAAUUCUCCGAAGAACAACAAUGUCUCCAAAAUCAUAUCAAUAUAAAGAAAAUGAUUUAAUACAGGCAAAUAUAAUUGAUGAUGUUACUGAUAAUAAAAAAAAUGAUGCCAUUAUGGAUUCUAAUGAUACUGAAGAGAUACAUACUGAAAAACAAAUUCGUGUCCCAGUUCCAAUAAUUGUUCAAGAAACAUCAAAAAUAUCAAAAUAUGAAAGUGAAAAAAAAGAAAAUGUUGUUUUACAAACACACUCUCCAAAGUUUACUGUAAUGCAAACUACUCAAACUCCAUUACGACAAGCUAUUGGUGCAGUUCAGCAAUUGCUACCACCAUCUUCAAGUCAAGGAAUAGGUAAUUUUAUUUUCCCACAAAAUAUGCCAAAUCUUCAAAAUCAAGGAUCAUAUAGUAAUAAUUUUAAUAAUAUGAAUGUAAAAUCAAUAUCUGGAUUACCUGCUCAACCAACACCCUCUUCUAGUGGACCUAUUAAAAAUGAAUCACCACAAAUUGUUGGUUUACAUGGAAUUCAACAAUUUAAUUUUCCACAAUUAUCAUCACCAUCAACUGUAGUAUCAACAACAGCUAUUCAAUUUUCAACACCAUCACCAAAUGGAAAUUUAGAUAUGAUUAAACAUGCUCAAGAAGCUAUGGAAGCUGCUGUUAAAGCUAAUCAAAUAAGGCCUGGAUCAGAAAAGUAUGAACAAAAAGGUUGUGUAUGGGAUAUUGUUUCAAAUUCAUGUAAAGAUAUUUUUAAUUUAAAGUGGUGUGAUAAAUGUGAAGAUUUUGGAAAUAUUUUUAUGCAUGAUUGUAAAUGUACAAUUGAUCAUAUAGAAACACAACAAUUAAAUAAUAAACCUAUUUCUAUGUUACAACAACAAUCACAACCAUUAAAUGGAGUUCAGCAACAAAAAUUUUCCAUAAUCCAACAACCAUCAACAAGUGAUGUCCUCCAACAUCCAUUAUUUAUUAAUCAACCAACUAGAACAUCAUUCUUAGUUAUAUAA